UGAAGAAGAGCGCUGCUAGAAAUGCAAGAGCGUUGGAGAGUUUGUGCAGAGAAGCAACGCAACGUUGCUACGUUGCUACAAUGAUACGCGUUGCCAGCCGUAGAUCGUUGAACCGCGUGGCGUGCAAAAUAACCGUUGGUGGGGGGGAUUGACGACGACUUUUCGCGACGCGGUGCAACGAUGCAGUUGCAUAUGUUUGGAAAGGCUAGUAGUAUGCACGCGCGCUCAACACUGGCCUUGGCAAGCACAAGAUCAAGGUUGCCGAAUCACACUCAGUCGCUCUCUCUCUCUUCGCGCCAGAUAACGCCGGUGGAGGAGUGAGAAACAAGAAGAAAAAGACAGCGUCUAAAAGAAGACAGCCACAUGCUCGACGCAACAGCAACUUAGUUGGCUGUGAGGUAGGAACCAGCAACAUCUCUACUCCACGCAUCACUGGGAACAACUGCACUCGUCGUUUCCAGUUCUCUUUCAACCCAAUUCGCCAUGGGCGGCGCGGCGAGAGAGGCGCGAUUACCGCACGAAUCGCGUGCCCCCAGCGACGCGAACGCCGCUUGCGCUACAACCAGCGGCACGAACCGCACGUCGCCGAAAUGCGUGCGAUGUCGCAACCAUAAUGAGGUGUCGCUCUUGAGCGGCCACAAACGCUUCUGUCGCUUCCGCCACUGCGUCUGCCGCAACUGCCAGCGCACCGUCAAACGCCAGAAGAAAAUGGCUAAGCAGAUCGCCAUCCGCCGCCGCAAGAAGCUGGAGGAAGAGCGAGGCGAGCUUGUUCCCGCCGCUACCCCGCCGUCACCAUCCACAUCGUCCGUCGAUUCUGCAGAUCCACCCACUGUACCUUCACGUUGGUUGCCAUAUUCAGAAACCAGUGAAAGAUCAAGGCAUGAAGCCUACGAGCAGAAAGUCUCCAGCACGAGCAGUUCCACUAGCGGCUUCAGCAGCAUCCACUCACACGCUGCCAGCCAAUACGCGGCGAGCUGCGCGUCUCCAACAGGCAGCGUGAUUUCAGUGACGGCACUAUCCGACGAGGACUGUCAACAGCCAAGCAACCUGCGGCUGCGUCUGGCCGAGAUGGGGACACGACAGUCCCCUGAGACAGUCACGCGGCGUUCCCCGUCCUUCGCCGGCGUGGAGGCGGGCUCCCAGCGUCUCUCGCCCGCUGAGACAGUCACGCGGCGUCUCUCGCCGGUCCCCGGCGCGGAGACUGGCACAUUCCCCGUCCCGGACCUGGAGGCGGUCGCUCGGUUGACGGGCAUGGUGCGGCGGCAUGGCGUUGACACCGAGACGCUGCUCUACGUCAUUCUCAACAUCGUCUGUCCCAACGUUGAUGAGGCGUACAACCGGAUACUUAACGCCCAGGAAGAAGUUCGGAGCCUGAGGAACUCAUCUUCACCAACCCCUCCUCCGCCAAUGGCUACUGGCAGAGCAGGGGAAAGCUCCAGUGGUUCCCCCACCCCUCCCUCCAUCUACAGGACGCUGCCUGGACACCCCCUCCCGCCCACUCCAGUCAUGAUGCCCAGGGCGAUCCUGGGGACCACCUAUUACCCUGCACAUCUGCCGUUCAUUGGUCCGAUUCCAACCAGAAUGACCCUGGCAGGACUCACCCCUCCCUUCAGUCACCUGGCAAGUUUCGAAGAGCAAUAUCGUUCAAGAAAUUUGCCCACUGCACCUCUAUCUCUGGCAAAUGUCGAAGAAUCCAGAAGGUUUCCAUCUAUGUAAGAAAAGCUCUGUAAACAACAUGCACAAAACUUCUACUCUCUAUCAAUUCCUGAUACUCUUGGAAACCCUUACCAAAAACUCUGUAUUUACUAAAUAUAUUAUCUAUCAUAUUAUGUGUCACAUAAACUUACAUACAUAUAUGUGUAAUAAAUGUAUUAAAAACUAAUCAGAUAUAUUGUGUUAUGAAUGUGGUAUAGUUUGGGUGUAAGCUAAGGCUGCGUUUACACCAAAGUUAUUAACAAAAUGUUUAUUUUUCCGUCCUUAUAGAUUCUAUUAGAUUGAACAG